ACACACCCGACUCUGCCUUGUGAACUGCAAACAGAGAGAGAAGCAACACUUCUGCAAACAUGACGAGUGUCGUAGUAAAGAUGCUGUGCCUUCUGCUCUGCGCAGUUUUCGCCUCGGCUGAUGUCAUGCCCAUGACUGACUUCGACCUGCAAAAGGUGGAAGGAAAGUGGUAUCUCGUUGGCUUUGCUACAAACGCAAAAUGGUUUGCAAGUAAAAAGGUUGACAUGAAGAUGGGAACUGCCAUGCUGGUGCCCACCGAAGAGGGAGACCUUGAACUCAAUUGCUAUAAACCAAAGAGUGAUGGUACCUGCUGGAAAAUGACGAACCUCGCCAAGAAAACCGAGACUCCUGGAAGAUUUGUCUUCUACAGCCAGCGUUGGAAAAAUGACAAUGAUUUGCGCGUGGUUGAUGCCACAUUUGACAAGUACGCUGUUAUUCAUGUCAUCAAAACCAAAGCAGGAGAAUCUGAUGUCCUCAACAAACUCCUCAGUCGCACUCCAGAAAUUGCUGAUGACUUGAAGGAGAAGUUCAGGCAGUUCUGUCGGGACACUGGCAUUCUUGAUGAAAACAUUCUCAUACUUCCACCAGGCGGAGAAUGCUCAGUUGCCGCAUAAUCACCUCAUCAAGCGAAGACAAAGACAGCUUCAGCCGGUCCACUCAUUUCAGACAAAAACAGAUCUGAAUUUACUGUCGGCUUGGUUUUGGUCUCUUUCACUUUGUAUGAAAACAUUCUUUGUGCCUUGAACAGUCAUGGUGUGCUCAUAUUGAUUGACCAGUUUGCAACUACAGAGUAAUCAAAAGCAGAGGUGAGAGAAGUAUUUCCUUACCAAAACUCAGUUUUUCAUGUUCUAGACCAUAAGUGCCAAUGCUAGCUAACAAGUCUGAUCACCAUUAUGGCACACCACCUGUAAGACUUUUAUAAGCUGUUUCAUUUGAUUAGAUUUUUUAGAAUUUACGGUCGGCUUGGUUUUGGUCUCUUUCACAUUAUAUUGUUUUUAUUUGUGCCUUAAACAGUCUGCACAAUCUCAAGCAAAGGGAAGAGAAUCACAAAGUAUUUUUUACACCAAAAUGAUGCGUUUUUAACUCAAUUCUUAAUGAUGUAUCAUGUUUAGAGGUGCCACUGUUGGCUAACAUGUCUGAUCACCAUUAUGGCACACCACCUGUAAGAAUAACUUCUUUUUUCUCUUUGUUGGUUUUGUUUGCUGCCGAUGGAUUAAAUAGGUUGGCAAAAAACUAA